CGUGCCUCUCAGCUCAGCUGUCACCACAUACUGACUACAUGCAUGUAUCAGCAACACCGUCACUGCGCCAGUUCCUCUUGUUAUUGCGUUGAUGGUGAGGUCGAAGGUGGUGAUGCCAUCCUUUCCUCUCAGCUAGAAGCCUUGCUUGCCAAUGGAGGAGCAUUCCUGUCAUCUACUUCGUCGCUACCGUUACCGCCGUUGAGCUACAUGCCUCACUAUUUUUCCCGGCAGGACCCUGCCAUUGUUCCUUCACCCAUGGCCAGCCAGCUGCACGCCAUCACCCACUUGUCCCCAUCGUCGUCGUCUGGCAUGGCUUCAGCAACGUCCCCGUCGUUUCGCCGGGCGUUGAGCACGGGUGACCUCAUCGUCCAGGAGGACCGGGACCGGGACGAGGAGCAGAGGGCGGUGGUGGCGGCGGCAACAAGGUACAGCGCGGAAGAGCGGCGGGAGCGCAUUGACAAGUACCGGAGCAAGCGCAACCAACGCAACUUCCAAAAGAAGAUCACGUAUGCCUGCCGGAAGACGCUCGCAGACAGUCGUCCCCGGGUGAAGGGCCGCUUCGCGCGCAACGGCGGCGACUACACGGAGGCGGAUGCAGUUGCAGACCACCAUGUCCUAGGAGCAGCACAUCAGUCGGAGUCAGAGUCAGAGUCGCCAGCAACAGCAGCCACGCCGGAGUGGUGGCCGGCAGUGCAGGAGGAGUUGCCUGCCGUUGCCGCUGCCGGCAUCAACCUAGCAGAGUUCUGUGCCGACGACGACGAGAUGCUGGCAGCCUACCUUGGAGUCUCCUCCAUUAGUAUAGCUGAUCAUCACUACAGCUGUCAGCCGUAGAUAUACAGACAGCUGCAUGAGUAGAGGUGCUGCUCGCUUUAAUUUUUACAUAUAUAUUAUCUGCCUUUUUAUUUA